CUUAAUUCAGAAAAGUGCUUCAAGCGCCACCUAAAAAUAUUGUCACGUGUAGGUGUAUUUAAUCAAGUCAAGUCAAGCGCCACUUUUGGUUAUGUGCUACGCUGUUUUGGACGCACGUGUAUAUCAUUAACUUGAUUGAAUUUGACAAGUUAUUCAUUCAAUAACCAAUGUCGUCAAAGAAGAAGCCACUUAGCAUUGCUGAGAAAAUAAGUGAUUUGAUUACUUCUGUACCAAAAAGUUUUGAAUCUGACGAUGAGGCGGAGGAAACUAAAGCAAAAGUUGUCGAUUUCAACGACGAAAUCGAUGACGACGAUUUUGAUUCUGGCUUCAAUAAAUGCAGCAUUCGAAAGCGAAACGUGAAUUUAUUGGAAGAAUUCGACAGAAGGUACAAAGGCAAAAAAGUGUCAAAAAAGGAUAUUUUCAAUGAAGGUUUCAGCUCUGACGGAAGUGUUGAAAGUGAUCAAGGUAGUGAUGAAGCUGAUGAUGGAUCUUCAAAAGAAUUAAACAAACAAACUUUUAAUGCAGCUAGCGAUGAAGAGAAUGCAGCUUCAGACGACAAAGGACAAUCAGAUGAAGAGAAUGGUAUUAGAUCACAGGAGAGUAAUGAUGAUAGCGAAGACUUUUCUGACGAAGAAGAUGAAUUUGGUGACAGUAUUGAUCUGUCAAAUCCAUUGAGAAGAGCUCGUGAAACUGAUGAUACAAUCAAAACUGUAUCAGCUACAAAUGUAAGAGCAGAAAUUGAAAAGGGUAACUGCAUUAGAGAAGAGUUGAAGAUGUGGGAAAAUUUGUUGGAAAUGAGAAUCAAGUUGCAAAAAUGUUUGGCGAAUAGUAAUAGAAUGCCACAGUUUGAUAGUUACAAAGAUUAUGAUUGUAAUGAUCAAUUCAAAACAAAUUGUAACUCUGUAAAAAAAGAACUUGGCAAACUCCUUGGUAACUUGUUAGAUUUACAAAGCAAACUGCUGAUGAGAUAUCCUGAAACAGAAGGUAUUUUAUCAAAAGGACAGAAAAGGAAAGCUAAUGCAGAUGGAGAUAAUGAUUCAGAUGAAGAAGAUGAUUUAAUGGACGAAGAGAUUCCUUCGGACACAGAGGAUGAAAUGAACGAGGAAGAUGUAGGCAAAGAAGAAGAGGGUAGUGAAGAGGAAGAGACAAAUAAGAAAGGAAAAUCAAAGCAAGCGAGGAAAAAGUUUAAACUAUCGGAGUUUGAACAAGUGAUAUCUAAAAAUCACAAAGCUUACUCAGAAUACAGAAAUGCUGUUAUACAAAAGUGGAACGACAAGACAAGGAUAGGUUCAGGUGUUAUAAAGAAAGGUCUUGUAAAUCAACCAGUGAUCAAACAAAUAGAAUUCGCGUUAGCGAAUACAGAUAAAUUGAUGAAAAAAACACAGUUAAAACGGUCAGAGUACGAUGUUGUCGGUAAAACAUCAACCUCUUUAGAAGAGAGUGAUGGACGUCGAACGCAAGAGUACGAUACGGAAAUUUAUGACGACGACGAUUUUUACCAUCAACUGCUACGAGAGCUGAUCGAGUACAAGUCAGCUGACACAAUAGAUCCGAUAGCUCUGAGCAAACAAUGGGUACAGCUGCAGAAUAUGAGAAGCAAAAUGAAAAGAAAGAUCGAUACCAGAGCGACGAAAGGCCGUAGAAUACGUUACAAUGUGCACCAAAAACUCGUUAAUUUCAUGGCGCCAAUUACAGUUAACGAUACGUGGACUGAUCGAGCGAAGGACGAACUGUACAGCUCGUUGUUUGGUAAAAUUAAACCAGUAAGUCAAGAGGCGAAGCCGACGUAAUUUAAUCAACUGUUUGUACGAAUGAUUUCUUUUGUCUUUUGUUACAAAUGCGAUAUGACUUUUUGUUAUUGAACUUUCACGAAGUUCAUAUAUUUAUUAGUGAUUCGAUGUGUAAAUAUAUAUAUUUAAGUAGAAAUAUUAAUAAAAUUUUAAACUGUUUUAUUGUAUGUUAUUUUUACUGAAGAAAUAUGACUUUCGAUAAUUUCUAAUUUAUACAAUAAAUUGAAUAAAGUUUUCUUCUAACAAAGUCUAAUUUCAAUUGAUUAUUUUCUUGCCACACGUUAAUCGAAUCCAAGUUGACAUUGGCUGGCGCUUGACAAAUGAGUUUUCACGUUGCAGCUAUUGUCUCCAGAGCCAUUAGGCAUUGGGCAGUGCACGGAGAUAACUGUGCUCUUGAAAUCGAUGAUGUCGCGCAGAUCAUAGAAAUAUAUAAUGACCCGAGGUCAGCCGGUUAACUUUAAGUGGUUGACGCGAGACGGACGAAUGACAGCUAGCUCUCGCGAUACAUGGAAUGACGUAUCGAUUGGCGCAACUCUUUACUUUCGCGCGGUAUGAUGUAACUCGAGCGAGCGAGCUGCGAUUCCUCUGUAUUGAUAGCAAGCUUUCGAUUAUUCUGUUUUUUUCGUUGUCACCGUCGAUGCAUAUUGGGGGAGCAAGAGAACGUCGGGUUGCUCGAUUAAGUCUGUAGCGCUACACGCGCGUGGAUGCUUUUUCGAUACAGACGAGGAAAAAAAGCAAACGUUUACAAAUACGAGUUUGGUCCGUCUGACCUUUACGUUUUUUACUACUUACAAAUCGCAGCUUUUUUUUCUUCGGUACAAUCUCGUUUUCAAGUUACAGUUUUUUAAUUUUUGAUUUAUUUUUACUGGUGAUAUCCGAGCCCCACGUAGCGAACCGCGCUAAAUGAGGCACAACGACGUGCGCCCGUAUUAAUUACGCGUGUGGUAUUUAGAGCGUGAAAGCAUUUUUGCCGAACUCGUGCAUUGUGUUUUGUGUUUUUGUUUGAUAAAACAAUCGACUUUCGAUUAAAAUAAGUGAAACCGAAGUACGAGCGUCUCGAGAGACGCCAUUUGCCUCCGCUGCACUGGAGCUGUCAAACUGAUUUAACAAUCAAAUCGCAAUAAUAACGUAUUAAUCAGGAAUAGCGAAGUACGAAGCGUAUCAAUAGAUAGAUAUUACUCGUACUCUUCCACGGGAAUUUUUGUCCGAUCGCGUUUCGUCUGCAUAAACGAGAUAUGCGUCAUUUGGUUUGGGAGUUUCAUUCGUUACGAGGAUAAACCUCCAGUGCACAUGGGAUUUUUGCCUCCUGGUCCGCUGACGUCCAGACAAGUCGCAUUAUCAACUUUCAUUUGUUUUUUUUGUCUUGCACUGUUGGCGCGUGAUUAUUCUUAAUGAUGUAACAGGGUCUUUUUUUUGGCCGAUUUUUUGUCCGUCUGGAGCUAUUUCGGAUCCGAUUGUAACCAGCUUCAUCAAAAAUUCUUAUCGAACGUGCAAUUACAUCGUCGGCUUCGACAUUUGUUCGCACUCACCGAUAGGAUACCGCGAAGCUCUCGCUGAAAAAGCGAACGAUUAUAGCGCCUGCAGCUUUUGCAGAGCUAAGAGCUCGUGUCAUUUCCAUGAAACGUACUUAGAAUUGGAAUUGUCGGCACGGCAACUGAUUGCAUUGAGAGAUGAUUGCAACGAAGCACACCUCUCCGCGCGACGCUGAUACCGCCUGUCUCGAUGGUACUUCCCGGAGCACAAAUUGGGGUCCUGUCGCGCACGGACAAAGCACUGAAAUCGCUGAAAUAUUCGUUUGCCGAGGAUCAUCGGCGACGAUUAUCUUCGCGGGAAAAAGGUCGAGUUGGACGUUGCAGGCGCGCGCAAUUUAGCGCGAGAACAAUACAGAGAUGUGUUCCCGCGGUAGCCAAUGUAAUAGUCGUUUCAGGCAAUUUUCGCGCGUACAACUGCGAGAUUCAAUUUUUCCAAUGGAUUAAUCAUCGACGCAGCGUCGGAGACCCCGGA